AUGCUUUUCGUUACAAAUUUUUCUGUGACUAAUUUACAGGCCAUUGAAGUCGCUCAAAAAAUAAUAAAGAGACCCAAAAUAGAUCACAAUACAACAGACGUGAGAACUUCCCAAGACAAAAUUCCCGAUUCAACCCCAAUAGCAACUGGCGAUCAAAACGUGUGCGAGCAAGCAAAUGAAAUGCCUGCAAGAGGUAAACGAUAUACAAUGUGUCAUGUGUGGUUUGCAGGUGAAUCGCACACCAGAAAGCGAUUAUUUGCAGAAGGUGCUAUUGGCGUUCUUCCUCGGAACAGGUUCAAACAACAGAUAUAAAGCCCAAGAUGAUAAGAAGCACACCCAAGAUUGGAGUUACCUGAAAC